UACAUGUGGCGGCUUGUAACGCGAGCGAGAGAAGGUUGCCCGUCGCGGAGAGUGCAUACUCACCUAUACCUACCUAGCUUUUACGUAUACAGAGCGGCGGCUCCGGCGCAGGGAUAGCUACUGCGCUACGGCCGUGUAAGCACCGAGCGCAGCGCCGAGCCGCGCGAGAGAGGAGAAAGAAAAAAAGGGCGAGGAUGGCGAUGCUGCUGACUGCGGCGGAGAGCAUCGACCGGGAGCCCUGCAGUUUCGCCGAGGCGACCCAGCGGUAACAUUAUAUCGCAUCCGGGUGCAGCGCACAUAACCUCUCGGGAGCGAGCCAAGCUGCUGCCAACGACUGCCGACACAGUUCGCGACGAAGCUGCACUCGAACGCUUUGCGCUGCUCGGCCUGCGUUAUAAACUAGAAAAAAUAUACACACAAUGGCCAAGCGAAUUAUGUAGACGCGGACACCUCUGCGCUCGCUGUAUCUAACCAACGUCAAAUACCAUCGCUUCUACUCUUCGACAACUCCCUAAUUAGCAACGAAAAAGACCAAACCAACCCACCGAUAUUCGCGCCAUUGCAACAUAACGUGUAGCUCUUUCUCUCUUAGCGAAUUUUAUUUCUCAACAUUUUCAAUAAGGCACAUCUGCUGCAACUCGCACACAUCGCUAUACAUUUACUACCAACAUAUGUAUAAGUAUAUAUAGAAAUAUAUAUUACAAGAUACGUAUUACAUAUAUAACAGCAUAUUCGCACACGUACGUACGCAUACAUUUAGACGGACGACAGGCAGAACAUUCGCUCUACUCCCACGGCUCCGUUUUUUUUUUUUUUUAAGUUGAUUAUAUUCACGUAUUCGGCUUACAUUGAUGGCUCGAGCAAACGCUUCGGAUAGACUACUCUGCAGGUGUGCGAAGCUCAUGGAAUAUUACUAAGCUAUGGCCUCGGCUACAGCAAAUUUACCGCCGACCGUACAGGAUCCGGUUUCCACGGUAAUUGACAAUGGUCCCCUCAAUCAGUUUUUACAGUCUGACCAUGUGCAAAAACUCUUCAAUCAGCCAAAUAUAGUAAUUCAUGCGAUUCCACACAACGAUUCACCUACAGCAUAUAGAAUGGUGAAAUCUGGAGCCUCUACAGAACUGACUGCUCAUAAACCAUCUGAUCAAUCUGACUUACCUAGUAACAAUAAGAAAAUAUCCAAUGGUGUAGAUAAACAUAAAGAAACUUUCUUGCCAUCAAAAAAAAAUGGAAAGUCUGAAAUUGUGUUAGUUCCUAUAGUUCGAAAAAGAAAAGAAUGUGGUCAUUUUGAGCCUUGUGAAAGUUUAACCUGUGAUGUUGUUUAUCAGCAAUAUGAAGAUGAAAAAGGCUUAACACCUCUAAUUUCUACAAGCUUAAAAGAAGAAGAAAUAGACGAAGAGGUUUCUAAACAAUGUGAAUGUCAAAAAUAUGAUCCUCUGAGCAGUAAUGAUGACCAUAGUCAAAGCGCAUCCACUGAAUUGUACAAAUGUAAUAAAUGCACAACUUGUGAUAUUUGUGGGAUGAAGUUUGAUAAUUUAGUAGAUCACUUAAAUCAUAAAAAAUGUAAAAGAAAAAGUGAUUUUCUACACAAUAUUGCUACACCUACAGAGGUAUUCAAAUAUAAAAUGCGUCAAAGAGAAUUGCAAAUUUUAGAUGACGCCAAAUUUAAAAAAACUAGUGAUUAUCUUGACCCUGUCAUGGGUUUUUCUCGUACUAUGACAGCCUUAACAAACAACGAUGAACUUAUAAUAAUACCCAAAGCACCACCUCCACAUUAUAAACUUUUCAAUUCCAAUACCAGUCCAAUGAAUAAUCUGAUUAAUUUAAAUAAUUAUUAUGGUCAAGGAAGAUAUGGAUCAAACUAUUGUAACAGCUUUAAAAAUAAUUACAGAAGUAAAAAAUUGUUGGAUGCAGACAAGGAAUUAACAAGUGCUAUGAUAACUAGUAUUAUUGAAAGUUGCCAAAAAAGUAUUGAAUCACGUCCCAAGCGUGAUAAAACCAACUACUUAUCACUGCGAUAUAAAAAUGAAAAGCCACAUUAUCUAUCUUCCAAACAUAUUAAAUUAUCUGACCAUUUAAAUGGAGGAACUGUUGAAAUUAAAGAUCUGACCAACGCUCAAUUUAAUUAUCCAAUUGAUGCAAAUAUGCUAGUUCAAAAAAGCAAUACAUAUCCUAAGAAAAAUACUAAAACAAAUAUUCAAGACAAAAACAACUUGAAUUCUCUGGAUCAACAACCAGUUCUUACAAGUUUAGGCUUGACUCCAACUAAUCAAAAAGCUUCUGAAUCAUCACAGAUAUUAAAAAAAGAAUCAAAAAAUUCUGAUAAAAAAGUAAAGGCCUUUACCAAUUUGGCUUCAACCGACAAAAAUGAUUCUCAAACAUCUGAAUAUAAACUUGAAGAAACACUUCAAAAUGAAAAUGAGAAACCGAUGAUAACACCUCUAUUAAAGUCUCCUAACGAAAAGAAAAAGUUUAAAGCAAUAGCAAAUAAAAAUCAACUUGCUAGCAAACACUUGGUAAAUAUAUUACCAAAACCUUCAGAUAAAAUAGCAUCAGAAGAAAUAUGUUCAAAACUUGAAGUUACAUCACAAAAAGAAGUAAUAGAGCUUUUUAAAAAACAAAAAUUCAAGAAGCGUUCACGAAAAAAAUUGUUGAAAAAAGGAAAAUUCAAAUGUACGCACUGUCAAAAAGGAUUUUCUUCUAUAGAAUAUUGUAAAUUGCACAUAGCCAGACAUGAAAAUAACACAGCAUUCUUUUGUAGAAUUUGUGAAAAAGGUUUUGUUGAUAAGUAUGAGAUGAAAAAACAUUCAGAAGUAAGUCAUAAAAUAGGAGAAGUGAAAUGUGAAAUGUGCAAUAGUAUUGUUUCUUCAGUAGAAGAAUUGAAUAAGCACAUGAAAAAUCCAAGUACAAAAUUGGAACAUAAAUGUUUGGAAUGCUCAGAAUGUUUUGAUACUUGCAGAGGUUUAGACUAUCAUAUGAGAAAAAUUCAUGGCUUUCUUAUUUGUGCAAUUUGUAAACAUCAAAUAGCUAAGUUAAAAAUAAAACGGCAUUUAAUGCUUGAGCAUAGCAUUUCUAAAAAUCGCGUAGAAUCUAAUUUAAACAAAUUAUCACUGGAACCAGAAAAAAAUGACUCUGCUUCUCUUGAAAAUUCAAUCAAUGAAGUUGAUGUACAACCUAUUGAAAAAAUUCAAUUCCCAAAAGAAAACAAGACUAAUGAUGACUGCUUAGCAAGAAGUCGAACGAGUAGAAGAAAAUUAUCAAAAGAAAUGUUUUUGUGUACAGUUUGUGAUCGUCGAUUUGAAAAUGAAAAACAAUUUCAAAUACAUUUAGCUAAUAAUCCUAUGAAAUUCACUACUUGUUCUAAAUGUAGUAAAAAAUUUCACAGAAAAGCUGAAUGCAAUGAACAUAACAAAACCUGUGGAACCAAUGUAAUCAUACCAGUGAAACAAGCUGUCAAAAGAAAAAUCUCUAAAUAUCUAAAUGAGAAUCUCAACUUGAAGAAUGGUAAAUUUAGUACCGUAGCCACAAAUUCAACAGAAGUUAACAGUGCUGACCAAAACCAAAAUACUGCAUUAAAACUUGAAAAAUGUGAUCCGUUAGAGGUAGUAAAAAUGGAAGAUGUAGCAAAAAAUAUUGAAAAAAGUAAAGACAUCAUGAAGAAUAAUAUAAAAACCAAAGCUUUAAAUGGUGUCAAAGAAGAUUUAAAUAGUUCGGAAGUUGUAAAAAUUACAGAAAAUGAAAAUGUUUGGCAAUUAAAUGUGAACUUGAGUGAAGCACAUUUCAUUGAAUCUUCAUCUAAACUUAUGCAGAGUAUUUUGCAUGAUCAUGAUUAUCUAGAAACACACUGAGUUUCGUAGUUGUCAAAAUUCAAUCUAAGUUUAAUAGUUUUAUUUUAAUUUUAUGUUGUAAAUAUUCAAUUGAAAUGUACAUUACGAUCUAAAAUAAAUUAACGGGAGCUAGUGCAAAGUAGCUAUUACAAAAUUUUGACAAAGAAUUUUAGAUCUUUUAAAUUCAAUUAGAAUUCAAGAAUAAGAAAAUGUUCUCUGUGAUAAAGUUAAUGUUUGCUGAUGUUUAUACUAUCAUUUAUGAUAAUUUCUAUAGUGAAAUGAUUAUUUUGAGUUAAAAGCGGAAGAGCUUUAAACAAAUUUUUUUAUAUCUUUUUCAUUAAUAGUUUAUAUCUACAAUGAAGAUUGCAUAACAAAAGAAAAUGCUACCAAAUUCUUGAAAAUGAGAGGUAAUCAAUCAGAGGGUUUGACUAUAGAAGUACUCUGAAUCCAGCACAUUAUUUUUAAAUGUAAUAUUUUUAAAAUGUUAUUAAAGUAUCCGUUUUUAACUUGAAAUUUUUCUUUCCGUAAUCCUUGAUUCUUGGAGUGCCUUGUUGUAAUAUUGUAAAAUGAUAUGUCAAACAAUUUCUGGUCAAUUUAUGAGUAUUAAUCAUUGUUGUAUACAUUUUUACAAUUGUAUCGAAAUAAUUAUUUCAAAUAUUUUAUUUUCUAUGACAAAGAAA